AUGCCACCUUUUUCACUUGAUUUCUUGUCAACAAAAAGAUCAAAUCUUCAGAGUUUUCUUCAAUCGGUUACACCCCUUGUCCCUUCAAAACCUCUACCAAAGAGUAACAUGGAUGAUCAAAAUAGCAUGUGGAAUCCAAAUGGUGAUGAAUAUUUCACCCUUAGAGAUUUGUGGGAUUGUUAUGAAGAGUGGAGUGCAUAUGGUGUUGGUGCUCCUAUUUGUUUGAAACAUGAUAAUGAGGAUGUUGUUCAAUAUUAUGCUCCUUACUUAUCAGCAAUCCAAAUUUACACAAUCAAAUCAGCUUCCUCACUAAUGAGAAACUCAUCUUCUGGAGAUCAUGAUGUGGAUUUUGAGAUUGAAUCUUGGAGUGAUGCAAGUGACAGUAGUGAGAAGUUGUCAAGAACUAUAAGUAACAACUCCAUUUCUGCAGAUUCAUGUUUUGAGUUGGAUGCUUCAAGAGAUCGCCUUGGCUGUCUCUAUUUUCAGUAUUCUGAGACAUGCUCUCCUUUUUGGAGAAUUCCCUUUUCAGAUAAGAUCCUUGAAUUUACUCAGAACUAUCCUGGACUCGCGACGCUAAAGAGCACUGACUUGUCUGCUGCAAGUUGGAUGGCUGUUGCUUGGUAUCCAAUCUACCAUGUUCCAAUGAAAGGACUUACUAAAAAUGUUUCUGCAAGCUUUCUUACCUACCAUACAUUGUCAUCAACUUUCCAAGAUGCUGUAGAAGAGAAAACUGAUGGAGAAAGGAAGGGUGAUACCAGAAUUCCUCUUAGUCCUUUCGGUUUAGCUGCAUACAGGAUGCAAAAUAAUGUAUGGCUAAACACUCAUACACAAAAGGACUAUGAAAAACUAUGUGAUCUUCAAAGUGCUGCAGAUUCAUGGCUGAAGCAGCUUUCCUUUAGUCACCAUGACUUCAAUUUCUUCACUGCACAUUCUAACAUGGAGCAUGCAGGUUACUCAUUAUGAACUCAUUCACAGCCUCCACCAACAUUCUUGUUAUGUUUUUAAGAUGGUUUUCUCCAAGAAACAGAAAAAUUGGUGUACCCCUUUCCUCCAAGAAACUGAAAUUGAUGUACACUCUUUCAAUUCAUUUGAUGGCGGAAGAUUGUUAGAUUGUCUCAGACAUAUCUUCCUUUGUGAUUUGGGAGAAUUUGAGUUUUAUACCAAAACAGUUCUAAAACUUUGGGCCUAGGCCUUGGUUUAACCAACCAAUUUAAACUUAGGCAUUUGCUCAACUUACUGCACAGUUGCUAUCAUUGCUAUCUCUCAACAAGUUGUCACAUGUUUCAUCAUGUUGACGUUCAAGC